ACGACAGUCGCAACCGUAUUGUUGCUACUAUCUUUAGUCCGCUGCAAAGUUGCGGACGAGCCGAGCGCCGAUGAGCGACUUUAGCCGCAUCACGAUGCCUGAUUCCGCGCCGCGCCGCAGCUUCAAGCACGGGCAGUCGCGGCGCGUCGUUGAGGUGUCGUUCAACGAGUACCACAUGCGCAAGAACGAAAUUCUGACGAAAAUUCACAACCGAUUGCUCUGGCUGUCGUCGGCAGCGAUCCUCUUUGGCUCGAUCGAGCUUGUGCUCUACAUCAUCAUCAAGUACAAACUGCUCGAGAGCAACGUUCUGUACCGAAAGCCGUGCCUCGGUGUGCCUCUCUACUCGAUCUACAUGGUGUACUGGGCCGCUUGCGCCGUUGUGAGUGCACACGGCUUGCACCUCUACAACGGGUGGCGCAAGCAGCUCGAGUGCGGCACCAACGCCGUCAUGCACUGCCGCGUCUUUGAAAUACUGAGCGCUGCGUGGACAGCCAUCGCGUUUUGGCUUCUCGUGAGCAAGUUUUAUGUCUUUGGCUUCCUCGACCUCAGCGUGCUUGGCGCCAACGCCCAAAACAUCGAGUAUGCAGUCGCGACGGGCACCGUCUCGGUGCAUUUGCUCGUCUGCCCGUGGCUCCUCCGCACGAUCCACUCGAAGACGACGCAGAUCGACGACCUCUUUGCGUCGGAAUUUCUGGGAAAAACCCGAAUCAAGCACGUCGAUGUGGCCCCGAUGGUCGACCGACUCGACGAUAUUGCGUCCGUGCCCCCCCGCGGCGCCCACGACAACGACAGCGAGGCUGACGACGACGACCACCAUAGUACUGAGGAGAAACCCGACAAACGUUCUUCGGAGCACGCGCCGAGUGAAGACGCCCAUGUCGAUGCGCCGUUGGCCGAGUUUACACUGGACAUGAAGCGGACCAUGAAGAAGGCAGCGUUUUGGGACCUCUGGAAGGCGACGGACGUGGCCGGGUCGUUUUCGUGCAACUUUAAAAAUGCGCACGCCCCCACGAUGGCCGAGAUCAAGGCGCAUUUGACCAAGCACGGCUUCCACGUCGCGUCCCAAAAUGAAUCCAAAGACGUACUCGAAGUCUACUUGUACGCACACGCAAAUGGCGCUGAGACGCCGUUCGUCGCGGAGUUUGUGUUUGUCUACUCGCGCCAAUUCUUCCAGUCGACGUUCAAGUGCAAAGACAAGGCCGCGGCGGCCGAGUUUGUCAAGCAUUUUCAACUACAAGAGCUCAUGGAAACCUUCGACUAAACACCUCCAAUCGACCAGCAUUGUAUCAAUGUAUCAAUUUAUCAAUGGACGCGGACCCAUUUCGCGAUGCUGUCGUUGCU